GAGAGAAAUGGCUUCGGUGGUGAAGAAUGUCUUGAAGUCAAUCCGGGAAAAGGGCGUUGGCAACUUUCUCAGGGAGCUCAAAGAAGAAGGCUACACGAAGUGCUUCUUCGAUGGUAACCUCCUGCAAACAAAGAUUCACAACAUAGGGGCCACACUUGUUGGUGUCGAUAAGUUUGGUAACAAAUACUAUCAGAAGCUUGGAGACAAUCAAUAUGGAAGACAUAGGUGGGUGGAAUAUGCUCAAAAGGGUCGCUAUAACGCUUCACAAGUUCCACCAGAGUGGCAUGGUUGGCUCCAUUUCAUCACUGACCACACAGGAGAUGAGCUAUUAUUGCUGAAGCCAAAGAGAUAUGGGGUUGAACACAAAGAGAACUUCUCAGGAGAGGGUGAUGAGUAUAUCUAUCAUUCCAAAGGACAUUCCCUCCAUCGUGGGCAAAGAGACUGGACUAGAUACGAACCAUGGCAGCCCACUAAGGAAUAAUUUUACCCUUUUCAUCAAUGCAUCCACAAGAGAAGCUGGAAAUAUUGUACGGGCUUUUGGAAGUGAUUUUUUCAUUUCAUUAAUAAAAAGCUCAUAGAAAGUCAAGACUUUUUGGAAGUGCGUUUCUGAAGUAUUAUCAUUUGUUUUCAAUGAGAGUUGGAGACUUUCUUGUAUUAUGAAUUGACUCUAGAACUCAAUGGGCAUAUUUAAUCUGCUGUGCUUAAAAAGUGCAGCUAUAUGCUUGGAUACUCAUGAUGUGAAGGGUGUUUGUUUUCUCAUAGAAAGUCAAGACUUUGUGUUUGUUAAGCACUUGGAAAUGGAGCAAGUUUUUUUCACCAGGUUAUUACAGUUUCU